CCCUCGUCAGCCAUAUUGACUCAUUUCACUUCCGCGAGGAAGACGCGCGUUCACGUAGCCGGUGAUCAGUCCCAGUUUUACCGCUGAAUGUAUCAGUGAUUACUUCAAAAUGGCAUCAAAUGAAUUAGCAAAGAAGCUUGAAAGGCGAAUGAACAUAAAUGAAGGCGAAGAAGAGCCGGCAGUAGCCUCCCAGUCGAAAGUUUUCAACCCGUACACGGAGUUCAAGGAAUUCACCCGCAAGCAAAUACAGAAUUAUCAGAAAAUGUUUAAUGAUUCCUUCUUAUUUUCCGCAAGGCGGCUGCAGGAGAAUUGGCAGCCGAGAGCGGAUUGUACGAAAUAUACACGCACCUCAGUGAAAUUGAUGUGGAUAAGGAGGGCGUCAAGGGAGCCAAGAACUUCUUUGAAGCCAAGAUAGACCAGCAAACACAGGAAAAGAAGUUUGAGGAGGAAAUCCGACAAGAGCAAGAGGAGAAGAGAAUUCAGCAGGAAGAGAAAAAGGAAAGACAGCAAGCCUUUAAAGCAAAGACAACGUUUUUUAAACAAGAAAUUGAAAACCAAACCAAUUGAGAUCAAAAAGUGAUUUGACUGAGAAGAGGGUGGGGGUAGAGAG